CCUUUCUUCCCUUUUCUUAAAUCAGAUGAAACCCUGCGACGACCCGUUCACUCUGCGUCGUCGGAUAAACCGCCGGUACUGGCCGUCGGAGAAAGGGGAGGAAUUACGAAAUGGCCACUGAGCAAAACAGAGAGGAAGCAGAGCAGCAGAUGACGAGGCUGCCAUUUCGUGCCUGGAAGGAGAAGGUGGAAGAACAGUAUCUGAAGAUCAGAGAACACGCAGAGACUUACCCAUAUGUCUGGGCUUCAUAUAUCUUUGUUUACGGUGGACUCGCCUUAUGGGCCACUUACCGAUGGAGAAAGCUCCGUAGGACUGAGGAUAGGGUACGAGGCCUCCAAGAGAGACUCCGAAAGCUAGUUGAUGCUGAAGAGUCUGCAAACUCAGCGGCUCCAUCGAUUGAGAAAGCAAAGCCCGAUAAACACUCAAAACAAUGGUUAGGGGUUUGAUCAAAUUUUUUCCUUACUUAUGCAUUGUUUAUUUGUUUGUAAUUGACUGGGUGCUCUGUCUAAGAAGAGAAUUCAUUAAUGGGUCUUUCUUUGUGGAGCAGACCAUUUUAGGAUUUGGGAGGAUGAGGUAUCGAAAAUAUUCGAAAUGCGAGAAGAUUCUGUGAAAUGGGUAGGACCCAAUUGUGGUUUCUCCCCCCUUUCUUCAUAA